UUAAUUGUUCAUCGAGAAAUAUUGAUAAUGAGACUGUUUGCAACAAUUAAAACUUUACUAUGGAUAGAUUUCCUUGGAUAAAUGAAAAUUAUGUCGAAAACAUUUUCCCUGGUGUCGGCACCCGAGUCGCAGUCUUAACUUUAAUUUAACCGGAUACACUUGGAGCAGAAGACGGAUUUCACCUUGAAGAUAAUCACUCUGUCCAAAGCUUUGGAUUUACCAGCGAAGACCGAAUGCUGUCUCUUAAAAGACUUUUCUUCAAUUGUGAAGCAUGUCUCUGUCACCAACUCAAUGCCAGAAAAAUGUCAUAUAUACCUGGUCCUCUGAAGCUAGCCCAUACUGUAUACAACUCAAAGAAAGUGGAAGAUAAUUGUCCACUUGUUGUACUGCAUGGAUUGUUUGGAUCAAGAACUAACUGGCAUUCACUGGCAAAAUCAAUGAGCAGAAGAGGAAAAAAGGUAAUUACAGUAGAUAGCAGAAACCAUGGUGACAGCCCUCACUGUGAAGAAAUGGACUACUUUGCCAUGAGUGAGGAUGUCACAAACUUGCUGCAAACCAUGGAGAUAGAGAAAGCCAUUGUCAUUGGACACAGCAUGGGUGGGAAAACAGCAAUGACACUAGCUCUUACACAGCCAGAACUAGUGAGGAAGUUAGUGGUAGUAGACAAUGCACCAGUGCAAUUCAGCAUGACAAAGUCUGACUUCCCUAAGUACAUUCAAAAUAUGAGGAAAAUUCAGCUGGAUCAGUCAAAAUCUUUGAUAGAGAACAGAAGGAAUGCUGAUGAAGUUUUGCAGGAGGCAGUAAAAAGUGAAAAAGUACGCAGUUUCCUCCUUACCAACUUAGUGGAGAAGAAUACAAUAAUACAGUGGAGAUGUAAUUUGGACUAUAUUGAAAAUAAUCUAAUGAAUGUCUUUGGGUUUCCAUUUUUUGAUGAUUUUGAAGCUUAUGUAGAGAAGACAUUAUUCAUUGGAGGAGAAAAUUCUGAUUAUAUUGAAGAGGAAUAUUUUGAAGAGAUUCGCAGACUUUUUAUCUAUGCUGAAGUACAGUACAUUGAAGGGGCAGGCCACUGGGUUCAUUCAGACAAACCUACAGUAUUUUUACAGACAUUGUUUAAUUUUAUUAGCAAGAAAAAACCAAUUCGUCAUGCUAGUUUAUAAUAUUUAUUGAUAUUUAAUUUUAUGUAUUAAUGCAAUUAUUAAAUAUAUUGUUGUACU